GAAUCUCCGGUGUAGUGACUACAUUUCUGAAUCUAGCAAAGAAAACGUUACAGUAACACGAUGAGUAGUGAAAAAUACCCCAGGUCUUCCAUUGAGGACGACUUUAACUAUGGCACAAAUGUUGCUACAGCCAGUAUCCAGAUACGUAUGGACUUUCUGAAGAAGGUGUAUACCCUCCUGAGCUUGCAGAUCAUUCUGACAACAGCAAUCUCAGCCCUUUUUAUGUUCUGUCAAACCAUCAAGGAGUUUGUCCAUGCCAGUCCUGCUGUGGUCUUGGUCUCUGCUCUGGGCUCACUGGUUCUGCUGCUGGCUCUGGCCAUGUAUAGACACCAACAUCCAGUCAACCUCUACCUGCUGCUUGUAUUUACUGUGCUGGAGGCAGUGUCUGUGGCCACAGCUUUGACCUUCUAUGAAUAUUUCACUGUGCUGCAAGCCUUGUUCCUGACCUGUGCUGUAUUUGUUGGACUAACAGCCUAUACCUUCCAGUCCAAGAGAGACUUCAGCAAAAUGGGAGCAGGCCUAUUUGCCUGCCUGUGGAUACUCAUCAUUGCAAGCUUCAUGAGGUUCUUUUUCAACAGUGACAGUACAGAGCUAGUCCUGGCUGGUGUCGGAGCUUUAGUUUUCUGUGGCUUCAUCAUCUAUGACACCAGCCUGCUGAUGAAACAGCUAUCCCCUGAGGAGCACAUCUUGGCUUCCAUUAACCUCUACCUGGACAUUGUCAAUCUCUUCCUGCACAUCCUGCGUGUCCUUGACUCAAUGAAGAAGCACUGAAAGCUUCAGCACUACUGCAAACUGCACAACUGUAAAAGUCUGUCCUCACUGAGCUGUCUUUAUGGGCAGCUUCACUACUUGCUCUCUUUUUCUCAGCAGACAUUUAACUUGUCAUAGAUGGAAAAGCACAGGUGUAGCUUAUUUAAAUGUUACAGUAAGAACUGAAGUCAACAUGUGCAACAUGAGUAUCCCAAAACCCAAGUAGCCAAAUGUAAUUCAGCCAUCAUUAAAUUAAUUUAAUCACACCAAUGCUUUCCCUACUGUAACAUUACUAAAUGUCUUCUGUAACAAAGGCCUGUUUCUGUUUUUCACCCAACCAACUCUGUAGAUGAUUGUGCUUUUGUAAAGUGUUAUCAGUGCUGUUUUUGUUCUGAAUGCCAAAAUGUAAAAGUCAUAUUAUGUACCAGUUUAGUAAUUUAUAGGUGCAAUACGUAAUUUGAUAUUAAAGCCUGUAAGUGAUA